ACCGCAUCUAUGACAACCUGUGGCAGGAAAAGUUGUUCAGUGAACACAUCAGUCUGCCAAGUGUUUCACAUGUUCUUCGACUUUGUAUCCUUAAAAUGGAAGCCAUUUAUGGAAAUCUUGAUUCCAAAAAUCCUGUCUGCCAGGUUUCCAUAUCAAAUCCAGCUUCUAUCAAGUCCAACAGGAGAUGCUAUCUCAGUGUUAUUACUUUCAUGGUGAUGCUGAGUGUUCUUCUGGCUGGACUCGUCAUUCUUGGCCUCCUCUAUGGUGACUCAGUAAGAAAUUUGUCAGAGAUCUCUGACAGCAAAGAAAAUUUGACUGAGCAUCUGAAUGCUGUUAUUGAGAGGAUGAAUUCCAGCCUCAUUGAAACUACCGAGAAGCUGAUGGACUGUAAACAGAGGAAACCAGGAUGUCCUGCAGGAUGGAUCAGAUUUGGUUCCUCUUGUUACUUCUUCUCUGUGGAGUCUAAGUCCUGGGAUGAAGCAAGAAAGUCCUGCAAAGCCAGACAAGCUGAUCUGGUUGUGAUAAACACCAAUGACGAAAAGACUUUUCUUGUUGCAUUCAGAGAUAAACCAGUUUGGAUUGGACUGACUGACAAAGCCGAGGAGGGAACCUGGAAAUGGGUAGAUGGAAGUCCUCUAAAUCUGAAAUUCUGGGGAAAGAAUCAACCUGAUAGUGAUGGUGGAGGAAAAAUUCACGGAGAGGAAGACUGUGCUGAAAUUAGAGAAACUCUUGGAUAUUGGAAUGAUCUUGCAUGUGGAACUUCUCUGCGGUGGAUCUGUGAAAAAGAAGCAACUUUAUUUGUUUGACAACUUUAAAAUAAGAUUCAUAUAUUUCACCUUUUUUUUUUGUUUGUCAGAAUACAUACAAAAAAUGCCGAAAAUGAGCUUCUUUUUCUAAGGUAAAAAAUACCUGCAGCUUAAUUUGAAAGUGAAAUAAACAUUUUGAAUAUUAUUCCUUAUUCAAAGAAUGCAAUCAUUUCUUUUAUCAAUAUCUACUUUGUGGUUAAAGAUUUUUUUAAAUUUGACAUUUCAUUGCCAAUCGAAAACAUUCUUUUCUCUUUUUUUUACUCCAGUUUAAUGAGAUUUCUACAUCAAAUGGCUUCUUACGCAGUUUUGGUUUCUGCUUAAGUCACCUUUCAUGCAACACCUCCUUUCAUUUUUACAUCAUAGCUCAUACUUUGUCUGAGUUUUCUGUGGCGUCCCACAAUCUUCUGUCUAUGCAAAGCAUGUUAGAAUUUUAAUUUGUUAUAGGGAAUAACAACAUAAAAACUGUUUACUGUUCUGUUAAUUGAUUGUAGUUUUCUGUUUUAUUAUACAUUUCAGGGCCGGACUAUUAAAAACAAACAACACAAAACACAAUGCUAAGGUAAUAAAAACCUUGACAAUAUUGGACUUGAGUUUUCCCAAACUGGGUAAAUUAUUUUUUUGAGUGUCAAUCACAACAUAGAUGCAACACGAAAAUACUUGCAGCUAAACUCUUGAAUGUUUGUAAAGCCUUAUCUAAAAUAUUUUCACAAUAAAAUCAGAUUCUAUAUAAUCACAAACUAUUCUUCUAAAUGGAUGAACCAAAUAAAAAUGUUGAUCUUUAAAGAAAUA